UGUCACUGUUAUAGUGCAAUCAAUGUAUUGUUUAGUGUUGUGUUGUGGGAGGGUUGCCCCACCGUGAUUUACAUGCUAAUAUUGCAUCUGAUUAUGAAUAAAUAGUCUGACACUUUUCUACUAUUACGUGGGGGACUUUUAUUUUUUUAUUUCCGAAAUUCUGUGAACCGGAAGUACUUUCUUUAGUGCUGCUGACGAUACUUGUAGACUCCGCGUUUCUUCCAUCAGAAAGGAAACAGACUAUUUCUGCAUGGCAAUGUUUUGAGCAAACACGUAGUAUACGGCAUAGUUCCCGUAUAUCGAGUUAAGGGAACAUCUUUUGACAGUGGGCGAGGGGCAAUCUUGGGUUCGGUACACGGGCAUGGCAACAGUCGAGAAUGAUCCGAAGGCGAGCGAAGGCGGUGCCGCAGCAUUCUCGAAGGUCCACAGUCCUAUCUGGAAAGAAUAUCAACUUCGAAAGUAUCCUUUCCAGACCAGACCGAUACCCAGACUCUCUCACACGGAUCCUAGAGCGGAGAUGCUCAUAAACAACGAGGAACCAUUGGUUUUAACAGACACCAAUCUAGUGUAUCCGGCUCUGAAGUGGGACGUUGCGUACCUGCAGGAGAACAUUGGGAGCGGGGACUUCUCUGUGUACAUAGCGGAAAACCACAAAUUCCUCUACUAUGACGAGAAGAAAAUGGCCAACUUUGAGAACUUUUUACCCAAGUCUCGACGGAUAGACAUGAAAUUCUCUGAUUUUGUGGAGAAAAUGGAGAAAACGCAGGAAGAGGGAGGAGACGAGAGGGUGUACCUGCAGCAGACCCUGAACGACACCGUGGGCAGGAAGAUCGUGGUGGACUUCUUGGGUUUCAACUGGAGCUGGAUCAACAAGCAGCAGAGCAAAAGGAACUGGGGCCAGCUCACCUCCAACCUGCUCCUCAUAGGCAUGGAGGGCAAUGUAACGCCAGCCCAUUACGACGAGCAGCAGAACUUCUUUGCACAAAUCAAAGGUUACAAAAGGUGUAUCCUCUUCCCUCCGGACCAGUUUGAGUGUCUCUACCCCUUCCCUGUUCACCACCCCUGUGACAGGCAGAGCCAGGUUGACUUUGAGAACCCUGACUAUGAGAGGUUUCCCAACUUCAAGAAUGUAGUGGGCUAUGAGACUGUGGUCGGCCCCGGAGAUGUUCUUUACAUCCCCAUGUACUGGUGGCACCACAUUGAGUCCCUGCUGAGUGGUGGCGUGACCAUUACUGUCAACUUCUGGUACAAGGGUGCGCCAACGCCCAAGAGGAUAGAAACCCCACUGAGAGCCCAUCAGAAGGUGGCAAUCAUGAGAAACAUAGAGAAGAUGCUGGGGGAGGCACUGGGAGACCCACACGAGGUUGGUCCUUUACUGAAUAUGAUGAUCCAGGGCCGAUAUGACCAGGGAUUCAGCUAGAGAUUCAUUACAGGCUUAUCACGCCCACCUUCCCGUCUACUAUUCUUGUUGCCACAAUGCAAUUCAUAACAUUACUUCAUACAGUGUCACAAAUUUUUAGUUGUGUGUGGAUAUACUGUCUCAUACAGUAGGCAUGUUGUGUGUUAGUAGACACACACACACCAGAGUCUGUUUUGUGUAGUCCAGGGAUAUGUCUGCUGCUCUAAACUAUAUGUAUAUAUGAUAAUCCAUUUACAGUAACAUUUAAUACUAUUAUCAGAGCUGAUUACACAAUAUCACAAUGUUUUUUGAGCAUGUUCUAUGUAUACUGGGGCAAAUUGUCACAUGUGAAGACUUUCCCCAAGGUCAUUGAGACAACUUGCCCCAAACUGACAUGUGUGCUAAUGUUGGCUAAAUCUCAAGGUUAGCUCAACAUAGGACUGCAGCUAAAGUAUCAAAAUACACGUUAUUGUCUCCUCCAUUCAGUGCAAAAUUAUCAUUUUGAACAUUCAUACCUAAAAGUUUUAUUGCAUAAAAUGUAAAGUGCCAUUUUUUUAUUUUCAAGGGGAAAAAUAAGGAACUUGUGCUCACCUCAGAUUAGUAACCAUGACCACAUGUGAACAGGAAGUUGACCAUAGAACAUGUAGUCACACAAAUGAGCUAUUUGAGAUGGCGCCUCUAGUGUUGGAGGUAUGAACCCCUAUGCAUAAUAAUACAGUCCACACUCAAAGGGGAUUACGCAAUUUAAAAAUUGGAUUAUAGGCUAGACAUGUGUACCAAAGACAUCCUAAAUCAGAUUUGUUUUAUGGUUUUCUGCCAUGUAUAAUAUGCAGUAGGCUAUGUAUUGUUUGUAUAAGGCACAAUCAUAUAUAUAUAUAUAUAUUUUUUUUUUUCAGGCUUGGUCUUAUAAGCAUAUGCAUAUGCCCUAAUAUGCAUAUGGAUGUUUUGAAUUAAUAAUCACCAUAGAAAGCGCUGUCCAUUUCAUUGUUAGGCUUUGCCACAACAACCAUGUUUCACACUCUGUUUCAACCUGCUGUUGAACUUCUUUCUUCAAAUUGAUCGAUCACAGUGAGGUGAGUUUUAAAAAGCAUGACACCGUUUUGAUGAGUGUUUGAUCUGAUUUUUGAUUCAUUUGCAUUGAUAUCAGAGUGGUUAGAGGGACAAUAGAGCCCUUAGUGAGUUGGCUACUACCAAAGCUUGUCCAGAGUGCAUAAUAGGAGAAUACCGUUACUCAACUGUCACGUGGAAUUUUACUGCGGUCUUGACUGCUGGUGUGGCGAUAAUACGUCACUGCAACAGCCCUAUAGUAUGGAGGCCCUUCUGUGAUUGGUAAUGUGGUGAUUUUAAACGGCAUCAUAUUAGUUUGUUAUUAACAGUAAUAUAUUAAUAGUCUGGUUAAACCAGACUGACCAUGGCUGUGCUCAAUGGUGAACACAGCAUUCACUAGGCUAAUAUACUAAUGCUGCGUGUUAAAAUCCUACACCUUCAGUGACUGACUACAAAUGUUCUAGGAGUGUUCUAGCCAUGUGUAUUAUCUCCCCAACAGGCCGUAUUGUACUCCUCUGGCAAUCUCAAAACAAAUAUGGAAUGUGCCAAGCGGAAUGUUCAUGUCUUGUUUAUAUUUAGGCUGAUAUUCUAACAGUGUGUAGCAGCAAGGGAGUGUGUGCUUGAUUGUUUAUAGUAUCAAUAUUGUUCAUGAAAAAUACUAGUUCAAUGAAAUGGUCUGUUAAGUAAUUUUACAGUUAAGUCCCAGAGGUUAAAUUGCUCUCACUGUGUCUGUUUCUCCUACCUGUACUUUGUGUGCCUAGCUCUGUUAUGGUAUGGCUCAAGAAAUCGCAAGAACAAUGGAUAUCUUUUUUUUUCUCGUGUCUUUUCUAAAAACACAUUUCAAAAACCUUAACAUUGUUUUCUGGGUUCCUGCACUUGUAUGAUUUGAGAGUGUCUGCUGUAUUGUGCACUGAUUUAUAAAUGACUGGAGUUCUAUUGUUGUGCAAGUAGCUUUGAAAUAAAAUGUUCAACUUUA